CAGAAUCUCUCUCACACCUAGACAAACAAGCCGUUGUGUGAUGUCACAUCUUCUCCAUAGGGGCCCAGCGAUCCGAGCCGCGGUCCCAGAGUGAAAGUGCUUUAUAAUACGCUUGUUCACAGUCCAAUUAACACAUGCAAGCUCUUCCACAGGCUACCCCGGUGAGACUGCGAAGCCCUGUCCCAUACGAUAUCUGGGCGGCCGUCGUGGCAUUUGCGGAUUUCUACACGCUAGCUGCGAUCAGUCUCGUGUGCAAGGAGCUCAAACACGAAGCAGCUAAGCAUCUUUGGAGGUCAUUCACCCUCCGCGUAGAUCCAAGCUUUGAUGAUAUCUGGGGGAGGAGGCACCUGGAGGAAGGGUGUGCAAUCAUUCUGACUGAGCGGCGCUAUCUGCGUGUGCAAAACAUCCGCAUCGACAUUCAAUCAGCAUUAGGGGCUGAAUUGGAGCCCGAAGUUGACAAGACGCUGAGAACCAUAUUCCAUACCCUCCAUCAUUGCAGUAGUCUUCGCUCGCUAUCAAUAACCUCAGCUCAUCACCGAACCAAGAUUGCGCGGUCACUUUCACUUCAGCCAUUUGCCUUCACGAAGCUCCAGCAUUUUUCCACCGACUUGUUUUGUGAUGAGAACUUACACGGUUUCUGGGGCAGGCAUCAGCAGCUCACAUACAUCGAAUUGCGCGCCGUCGACCCUGGGAUAUCAAACGUUCCAUCACCCCUCCCGUCUCUAGAGGGUAUUUACGCCAGUCUCGCUCAUCAUACUGCUGUCAUUCCUGGAUCGCCCGUCAAGUCGGUUCAUAUCUCCGGACUCUGGGAAGGCGAGUGCACCCUACUCAUGCACAACCUGGAACAAAGCACGUCGCCUGGUGGUAUCCAACAUCUCUCCAUGGAGAUAUUCGAUACAGAAGUGACAGCCCACCCUUACACCUCAAUCAUUGCAAACCUCCCUCAUCUCAAAUCAUUAUCUGUGACUCAUGGUGAUAUGGCGGACCGUGAUGAUCGGGCUGCCGCUAUAAAUGCCCUAUGUCAACUACAAGAACUCGAGGUGUUUGAAUGGGGGGGAGGAAGCGCAGCAGGUCAGGCGGAUAUUUUUGCCGCUUGCUCGAAGAACUGCAAGUCCCUGAGGCAGAUUAGCUUUCGCUGGGGCAACUAUUUCCAGAGGAAGUUUGUCAGGGAUAGCGAACACGCUGCAUGGGGGAUUGUGAGACAGUGACGACGCGAAGACGCUAUUCUAUUAUGUUCAGAUGGCACGGAGGCUUUUUGACCCAUCCUAGUCUGUUUCCGAUCCCGUUUUCCUUCGGAUUCAGUACUGGUGAUAUUUGCACCACUAAUUAGUAAUAGAAUAUCCUCGCCUUUUAAUGCCCCGCACCAGUACUGACCGCUGCCGAGAAGCCUUCCGUCGAGAAGGAGAGUUC